GACGGCAGACGACGUGAUGUAACGACCCAGAGCAUCAUGGGAUAUGAGGCAUGUUUCCACUGCACGACAUUGACAGUAGAGGUGGAAGGUCAAUUUGUUUUCUGGGAAGCUAACAGGAGACACCAUGUCCAGCCCUACAGGUACCGUUAAGGCUGAGGGCAUCAUGUUGUCUGACAUAGGCAAUGCUCCACCACAGGGCUGUCCGAUGCAUCAAGAUGUUAAAAAACAUGCUCCUCCAUCAGAAUGUCCAAUGCAUCAGGUAUCUGCGUCUGGUAAUGAUCAGCUGAAGAAAGCACCAGAUGUACCAGCACAUCAGGACAGGGCUUAUGAAUUUGUAGAGUGUCCUAUGAGAGCUGCCAACGGAGCCAAACCCACUAUGUCAGACAUUAAUCCUGCAAAUAUGAUGCCACCACCUAACCAGAAACCCUCACCCAGUCAACCGUUUUUCCUGUCUGUUGUGAGAGAGGAAUCUACCAUCCCUCGUGCUGGGUCUGAGCAGAAUUGGGUUUAUCCUUCGGAGCAGAUGUUCUGGAAUGCCAUGCUAAAAAAAGGAUGGCGCUGGAACAAAGAUGACAUCGGUCAGAAAGACAUGACAAACAUAAUCAGGAUUCACAACCAGAAUAAUGAGCAUGCAUGGCAAGAAAUCUUGAGAUGGGAGAAACUCCAUUCCAAAGAAUGCCCAUGUGGACCGUCUCUUCUAAGGUUUGGUGGCAAAGCAAAAGACUUUUCACCCAGAGCCAGGUUUCGCCACUGGAUGGGGCAUGAUCUACCAUUUGACAGACAUGACUGGAUUAUUAAUCGGUGUGGAAAAGAAGUCAGAUAUGUAAUAGACUACUAUGAUGGUGCCCAGGUACCCAAGCACACCAUCCUAGAUGUGCGUCCGGCAUUUGAUUCCUUAGGGGCUGUUUGGGAUCGUAUGAAAGUGGCCUGGUGGCGUUGGACCUCAACAUGAACCAUCUCAACAGAAAUCUUUUAUGAUCUAUAUCAUAUUUAUUUGCUCAUAAUGCAGUUCAGUCCAUAAAAGUAUUUUUUUUUUUUUAAGUGGAAAACAAAUCAGCAACCUCAUGUGAUCACUGAUUGUUAUGUGCAUAUUCUCGAGACUUCUUCUUUCAAUGACAUUAGCAAGGAAUGUCAAAGUGGCACUGUGUGCUGUUACAAAUGUAUAACACAUUUUAGUUUGUUAAAUAAGAAAGUAACAAAUAUGUACAAUAGCAUAAUUAUGAGAGCAAAAACUAAAUAUACAGUGGGAUUUGUACACAUCUGUUUCUUCUGUUGACUUUUAAAGAAUCUACAGUGAUAGUUUGAUUUAUUGUAAUGAGCCUUACAAUUUCAAUUUUGUAUUUAUUUUGAAUUCAAUGAAUCUGUAAAUAAUCUGCUUU